GCAUGAGAUGAUUGAAUAAUACAAUGUGAACAUUUACCUUAGGCAACCAAACUUACAUCGCAAUUAUUUUCCUUCAAAAAUAUAAAUUGUUUGAAUUAUUGACAAUUUAAACAUCAUUUCCACUAUAACACUUAUCGUUAUUUUUAUUUGAUGUGUUUACAAGUUUAUACACGUUUAUAAAUCAAAAUGUCUCGAAUAACGAACGAAAAACGAAAGCGAGAAAAAGAGAAGUUGUUGGCGAUAAUAGCAAGAGGUCAGAAUCUUGUUAUCGAAGAUCCUAGCACGUCGACAAUAAAAGUCCCACGAGUAUGCAUUCCUGAGGACUAUGCCAGUAAACUGGAACCUAAUUUUACAAUGCCACCACAUUUAAAUCGAGCUUUGAUCCGAGCCAAACCAAAACUCACAAAAUACAAAAAAGUUUCAUAUUCCGAAUUACGCCGAGAACAUGAAAAUGUUCGUAAAUUAAUCGUUUUAAACACAUUCGGCGACAUAACUUCGGAAAUGACCGAGGAAGAAUACAAGGAAUUCGACAGCAAAUAUUCACGCCGAUAUUCAUACUUUAUUCGCUAUGGAUCCGAUACUAUUCACGUAGCACCUUUACAACAGAAUAUUCUACACAAAGUGUUAAAUUUGGUACCGUACAACUUAAAAAAAUGGCGGAGCGUCCUCGGCGACUGCAUUCAAGACAUGAAAGACGAUUAUACCAGAGCGAUAAAGACGUGUAUCAUCGAUUUCGUCCUUUCUGAUCCCUUCGCCUCCAGCGCGAGUGAACGUCGACUUCUUACCAAGGAAAGGAUCGAAUGCGAAGAGUUGACACUCACAUCUAAGUCGCGAUUCAUUUUGAUGUCAGCAAGUGUUCAAAAGUCUUUGUAUCUUGUUAAUCCCUGCAUUCACGCACUACUGAACCUAUUCUACAAGCACUUUGAAAAAUAUCGAAUGGUUUAUACGGCAAUUAUCAUGGAACGUAUGAAAAAACCGUUUCAAUUGCCGAGUUUUAUUAUAAACUUAUCCGAGUUAAUAAAACAGGGUAAAGAUUUCCUGGCAAAACACUACUUAAAAAUGGUGGUCAGCAUUUUUCUCGAGGGUAACCAGAAGAGAUACCUUCCUAAUCCAGGCGACGUAAAAAAACGCACGCAUUUUUAUGCCUGUACCAAUAUUAUUAUGCAACAUCAUGUUGGAAUGAUGUUUAGGGCUUCGAUACAAGAAUUCAUGGAUUAUAUUACAGAUGUCAAGUAUAAAAACAUCGGCUUCCAAUUGAUUCUGAUGGCGACCAACAAAGAAUUAGUGUUUGAACCAACUUUCGAUGAAAUACAACGUGCGAUUGCUGAUAAUCUGGAUGAAAUCUACGCAUCAUUCUGUAGUCUGCCAUGUUUAGAAUCGAAAAUCUAUAUGGAUUAUCAAGGACGCGUUAAAAACUACACGUAAGUAAAAAUCGCACCUCUUGUACAGAUUUAAAUUCUAAUUGUAAUUAUUAUUCAGCCGAAUGCAGGCCGUGAAGUAAUAAAAAUCCAAAAGCAGCGCAUUCGUGAUUUGAUUGCCGAGCAACGCAUAGCUCCAGAAAAACGCAUGGCUGACUUCAAUCCAUAUAAAAUCUUCUUCAAUGGUGAAGCGGAAGAAGAUAUUAUGGACUUUAUGCAAGGAGAACACCAAUUUGAAGAAUACUGCGAUAAAAUUGCGUAUUUAAAGGGAAGGGCUGAUGAAGUUCCCAUUGUUUUGGAGCAUUCCGUCCGAUUGGGAAUGUUUGAUGUACAUCGCGCGCCUUUAAUCAAAAGAAUCACCACCACAAUAACCGAUCUUAAGUUAAAGCUUUUACGAAAAUUGAUUAAUGAGUAUCAGGGUGAAAUCAAGGCAUUGCAUGAAGAGUAUAUAGAAAUUAUAAGAAGAACUUCAAUUGUUCCAGAAAACACUGCAGAAUUAAUGAAAUUGAUUUCCUUUCUGUGUGAUUUAGAAGACUUUAUUCUCACUGAAAUGGAGGAUAGAUUGCGGGAUUGCAUGAAAUAUAUUUUAUUUUUAACGGAUUACCUUCCGUUAUCGGAUCGAGAGAUAAUGAACAAUUGUACAACAAUUUCAGAAUAUUUAGAUAUGCAAUCAGUUCUGGAUGACAGCCAUGAAAUAGUUGAGUUAAAAAUGGUGGAAUAUAAAGAAAGCCUUGCAGGCAGAAUACAAAAGUUUAUCGAGGAUCUGGAGUUGUAUUCCAAGAUGGUCGACGAGUUGCAAUACAAUGGCAAUAUUGAUGAAUUACCCAGAUAUUUAAAAAAAGCAAUAUUUUUAGACAACAGAUUGAUCACAGCUAUGGAACGUAUUGAUCAGUUUAACGACGAAGAAGUGGCAUUCAAAAUGGAUCAAUCCCAGUAUCCCGACCGAAAGAUAAUCCACGACAAGCUGCGUCCGUACAAAUCCCUCUACGAUAACGCCACCGAUUUCCUCCAGAAGAGCGACCUGUGGCUGAACUCGAUGAUCGGCUCCUUCGAGCCGGAGGAAAUCGACACGGAGGUGUCGCAGUUCUUUCGUGUCAUCUACAAGCUGGAGAAGCAGUUUGCGGACAGGCCGGCCACGAAGGAUCUGGCGGGAACGGUGCGCGAACGCAUCGAGGACUUCAAGGAUUACAUGCCCAUCAUACAGACGCUUGGUAAUCCAGGGUUGAAGCCACGGCACUGGGCGAAGAUCAGCGAGAUAGUCGGCUUUCCGAUUGUUGUCGAUGAGAGCCUCACACUCAAUAAGAUUCUGGACUAUUGUCUUGAGGAGUUUCUGGCUGAGUUGGAAGCGAUUUCGGAAGCGGCAACAAAGGAAAAUAAUCUCGAAAAAACACUUAAUAAGAUGUACACUGAGUGGGCUGAUCAGGAGUUCCAAGUUUUAAUUUACAAAGAUACAGGAACAUUUAUUAUCUCCGCUGUUGAUGAAAUACAAGUACUUCUUGAUGAUCACAUCAUAAAAACUCAAACAAUGAAGAAUUCGCCUUAUAUUAAACCAUUUGAAAAAGAAAUAAUGGAAUGGGAAACUAAUUUAUAUGCCUUACAAGAAAUAUUAGAUGAAUGGCUGAAAGUUCAAGCUACUUGGAUGUAUCUAGAACCGAUAUUUUCCUCUCCUGAUAUUCAACAACAGAUGCCUGAAGAAGGACGAAAGUUUGCCGCUGUUGACAAGAUUUGGCGUGAUAUAAUGAAAAAUGUCCACGCUAACCCACGUGUAAUGGAAGUAAUCAACAUCGAGAAUAUGUGCGAUCGUUUGAAGAAAUGCAACAGUUACUUGGAUGAUAUUCAAAAAGGUCUUAAUGAUUAUUUGGAGAAGAAACGUUUGUACUUCCCGAGAUUCUUCUUUUUGUCCAAUGAUGAACUAUUGGAGAUUUUGUCUGAAACUAAAGAUCCCACAAGGGUACAGCCCCAUUUGAAGAAAUGUUUCGAAGGUAUUGCAAAGUUAUCAUUCAAUGAAGACUAUGACGUGUCCCAAAUGAAGUCCAGCGAAGGGGAAGAAGUUGAUUUAGAAGAUAUUAUUCAAACCGCACUAGCCCGUGGACAAGUAGAGAAAUGGUUGCUUGAAUUAGAAACUGAUAUGAAGAAGUCUGUUCAUAAAAUGACGCAACGUGCAAUUGAGAGUUAUCCGAAUAGAAAACGACAUGAAUGGGUUUUGCUUUGGCCUGGGCAGUGUGUGCAAGCGGUAGCAAUGACCUACUGGACUUCUGAAGUAACUGAAUCGAUUUUACAAGAUUUAACUGCUAUGGAAAAUUAUCUGGUGAAGUCAAACGAACAAAUUUCAAAAAUUGUUGAUUUGGUUCGUGGAAAGUUAAGUCUCCAGAAUAGGAUUACUCUGGGUGCCUUGGUUGUGUUGGAUGUUCAUGCCAGGGAUGUUCUAUCGGAGAUAAUCACCUUAAAAGUGGUCAGUGUUAAUGAUUUUAAUUGGUUGUGUCAGUUGAGAUAUUACUGGGAGGAAAACGAAAUGGCUACCAGGAUGAUCAACUCUACAUUGAUGUAUGGAUAUGAAUAUCUUGGUAAUACCCUAAGAUUAGUAGUCACACCCUUAACUGAUAGAUGUUAUCGAACGUUGUUUGGAGCACUACACUUGCACCUUGGUGGUGCUCCUGAAGGACCUGCGGGAACUGGUAAAACAGAAACCACUAAAGAUUUAGCCAAAGCAGUUGCAAAGCAAUGCGUGGUCUUUAACUGUUCGGAUGGUUUGGAUUACAUCGCACUGGGGAAGUUCUUCAAAGGUUUAGCGUCGUGUGGUGCUUGGUCUUGCUUUGACGAGUUCAAUCGGAUUGACCUUGAAGUGCUCUCUGUAGUUGCGCAACAGAUUCUAACUAUUCAACGUGGUAUAAACUCAGGGAAUAAAACUUUACUAUUUGAAGGUACUGAAUUGAAGUUGGAUCCAACAUGCGCAGUGUUUAUCACAAUGAAUCCAGGUUAUGCAGGUAGAUCCGAACUUCCAGAUAAUUUGAAAGCACUAUUUAGAUCUGUGGCUAUGAUGGUUCCCGAUUAUGCGCUUAUUUCUGAGAUUGAAUUAUACUCUUAUGGUUUUCUAACGGCCAAACCAUUAGCUGUAAAAAUUGUUGCAACUUAUCGUCUUUGUUCUGAACAGUUAUCAUCACAAUGUCAUUAUGAUUACGGAAUGCGAGCUGUUAAAUCUGUGCUUAGAGCAGCUGGAGCCUUAAAACUUAGAUACCCGGAAGAAAAAGAAGAUAUUUUAGUACUGCGUUCAAUUAAAGACGUAAAUUUGGCAAAGUUUUUAGUACAUGACGUUCCAUUAUUCCAAGGAAUCACCUCUGAUUUAUUCCCGGGUGUUGAUCUUCCCCCUUCUGAUUAUAAAAUUUUGAAUCAAGCAGUUGAAGACACAUGCGAAUCAAUGAAUCUUCAGAAUACUCCGUUUUUCUUAGAGAAGGUCCAACAACUUUAUGAAAUGAUUGUGGUGCGGCACGGUUUGAUGUUGGUAGGAAUGCCCUUUGGUGGUAAGACUAGCACGUACCGUGUACUCGCUGAAGCUCUAGGUCUAGCUGAAGAACGAGGUGGAAUGAAUGAACACCACGCUGUGUAUACAGUAAUGAACCCAAAAGCUAUAACAAUGGGACAACUCUACGGACAAUUUGAUGCGGUGUCCCAUGAAUGGUCAGACGGGGUCCUGGCGGUAAGUUUUCGAGCUUACGCAAUGAACCCAACGGAAGAAAGAAAGUGGCUCUUGUUUGAUGGACCUGUGGAUGCCAUUUGGAUUGAAAACAUGAACACAGUUUUAGACGACAACAAAAAACUGUGUUUAAUGUCUGGGGAAAUCAUUCAAAUGUCCCCACCGAUGAAUUUAAUAUUUGAACCAAUGGAUCUAGAUGUUGCCUCACCGGCAACUGUAUCCCGCUGUGGGAUGAUCUACUUAGAACCUGUUUCUUUAGGCUGGGAACCACUAUUACUCUCUUGGGUAAACACCUUACCUGAAGUUUUUACCGAAUUUAACAAAACAGUCAUCCGAGGAUUAUUCUACAGAAUAGCACCACCUUUAUUAUGGUUUGUUCGGAAAGGUCCUGGAAUACGUGAAAUGGCCCCAACCUCGGAAGCCAACUUAAUGAGAUCUACCAUGAAUUUAUUUGAUACAUUCUUAGACGAUUUUCAUGAUGAAAAAUACCUGGAAACUAUAAGUGAUCUAGAAAUGCGUGCCCAAUUAGAAGGAGUAUUCUUCUUCUCUUGUAUUUGGGGCAUAGGUGGUACAAUAGACACACCAUCACGCAGUAAAUUCAAUAUUAUAUUCAGAGCACUCUUGGAAAAAGAUUUCCCGGAUGAAAUAUGCACAUUGUUCGAGAUGCCUAUGUCUGUAUCUAAACCAGAUAAACCAUAUGUAUUUGUGCUACCACCACUGGAUUCCGUCUAUGACUAUCGUUUUACAAAAGAAAACAAAGGCAUAUGGACCCGAUGGACAGACGAAUUAGAAUUAGAACCACCUAUUCCAAAAGACUUACCAGUGAAUCAAAUAAUAGUUCCAACAGUGGAGACUGUACGAAAUAUUGCCGUUUUGAAAAUGUUGGUUACCCACCAAAAAUCCACAAUGAUUGUGGGACCUACAGGCACUGGCAAAUCAGUGUAUGUCUUAGACUAUUUGUUGAAGAAAAGUGACAAGGCUAGGUUUAUGCCACUAUUGAUCAACUUCUCUGCACAGACAUCAGCAAAUCAAACACAGGAUAUCAUCAUGAGUAAAUUAGACAAACGUAGAAAAGGAGUGUUUGGUCCGCCGAUAGGUAAACAAUGCGUUAUUUUUGUGGAUGAUGUAAGUAUGCCGUUGAAGGAGACAUAUGGGGCGCAACCACCAAUUGAAUUGCUUAGAAUGUGGUUUGAUCAUGGGAUAUGGUAUGAUCGGAAAGAAGUUAUCCCAAUGAAACUGAUAGAAAUACAAUUCAUUUGUGCAAUGGGUCCACCAGUUGGUCAAGCAAUCACUCCUCGGUUUCAAAGACACUUCAAUCAUAUCUGCAUCGACGAAUUUGACGAUUCCGUAAUGACUCACAUCUUUCUAAAUAUCAUGCUCUGGCAUUUGGAGAAAUUGGGAUUUGAGCCUAGUUUUCAAGCAUGUGGUGAACAAAUUGUCAACGCAACCCUUGAAGUGUACAAACAGAGUCGCCUAAACCUACUUCCAACUCCUAGAAAGUCUCAUUACCUAUUCAAUCUUCGAGAUUUUUCUAGAGUUAUACAGGGUGUUCUUCUCAGUACACCUACGAGCAAUGAAGACCCGCUUUCGAUGAAACGCUUAUGGGUACACGAAGUACUCCGUGUUUAUUACGAUCGUUUAGUUGAUCAAGAAGAUCAAACAUGGAUCGUCACGAUGUUGCACCAGGUUGUUGCUAGUCAUCUGGAAGAAUCAAUGAAUACAAUGUUUUCGGAUUUACGAACCGCGAACAAAGAUAUCGGAGAAUCUGAGUUAAGAAACUUGGUCUACUGCGCAUUCUCCAAUCCACUUGCAGAAACAGAACACUACAUUGAAGUGGACAAUUUAGAUGAUUUAACAGACGUUGUCGAAAACUAUCUAUCGGAAUACAAUAGCAUGUCGAAGAAACCAAUGAAUCUUGUCUUGUUUAGAUUUGCGAUUGAACAUUUAGCCAGAAUCUGUCGUAUUGUAAAUCAACCCAGAAGCCAUGCUUUAUUAGUAGGAGUUGGUGGUUCUGGUCGACAAUCGUUAACUCGAUUGGCUGCGCAUAUAAACGAGUAUGACUUAUUUCAAGUUGAGCUUACUCGUCAAUACGGUGCUUACGAAUGGCAUGAAGAUGUUAAAACUAUUCUGAAAAGAGUCAGCAGCACGGAAUUACACGGGAUAUUUUUAUUUGCAGACACACAGAUUAAAGAAGAAUCAUUCCUUGAAGAUAUGAGUAAUCUUUUAAACUCUGGUGAAAUACCAAAUAUUUUCACAAUGGAGGAACGUGUGGAGUUAUGUGAAAAAAUGCGUCAGCUUGAUCGCCAGCGAGAUAAAUCCCUGCAAACCGACGGAAGUCCAUUGGCUUUGUUCAAUUUCUUUGUACAGAUUGUUCGCGAACAAUUACAUAUAGUACUAUGCAUGUCCCCAAUUGGAGACAGUUUCCGUAACCGAAUUCGUAAAUUCCCGGCGAUUAUCAAUUGUUGUACGAUUGAUUGGUUCCACCCGUGGCCGGAAGACGCCCUGAAAGCGGUGGCAACGAGAUUUUUGGGUGUUGUAGAUUUACCGGAAAAUGAACGCGUUGCUUGUAUAGAAAUGUGUCAACUCUUUCACACUUCAACAGAAAGAAUCUCUAUGGAUUAUUAUCUACGUCUUAUGAGGAAAGUGUAUGUUACUCCAACUUCAUAUCUGGAAUUGAUAAACACUUUCAAGACGUUUUUAUCAAUCAAACGAGAAGAAGUAUUGGUAUUGAAAAGCCGUUACGAAGUAGGAAUACAAAAAUUGGACAAUGCUGGUUCUGAAGUAUCUGUAAUGCAAGCUAGUUUGGAAGCUCUUCAACCUGCAUUAGUAGAGGCAGCUGAUAAAGUAGCGAAAACAAUGAAAAAAGUUGAAACAGAAUCUGCCGAAGCUGCUAUAGUAGAAAAAAAUGUGAAAAUCGAUGAGGAAUUAGCUAAUGAACAAGCAAAAGCCGCAGGUGCUAUCAAAGAAGAGUGUGACGCAAAUCUCGCUGAAGCUUUACCUAUACUGGACGCUGCAAUGGCUGCACUUAAUACAUUAACCCCUGCUGAUAUCACCAUUGUGAAAACAAUGAAGAACCCACCUAAAGGAAUCAAAUUGGUUAUGGAAGCAAUUUGUAUAUUGAAAGAUAUAAAACCAGAUAAAAUUCCGAAUCCAUCUGGAAUGGGAUUAAUGGAGGACUUCUGGGGACCAUCUAAGAGAGUUCUAGGAGACAUGAAAUUCCUAGAAAGUUUAAUCACUUAUGAUAAAGAUAAUAUCCCACCGAGGAUUAUGGAUAAACUUCAGAAAACUAUUCUGACCGAUGAAAAUUUUGACCCGGAUAAAGUUAAAACAGCCUCUACCGCCGCGGAAGGUUUGUGUAAAUGGACUAUUGCAAUAUCAAAGUAUGAUAAAGUUGCUAAAGUAGUUGCACCUAAGAAGAUUGCCUUGGCAGCUGCAGAAGCAGCCUAUCAAACAGCAAUGGACGCUUUAGAAGUAAAACGUGGUUUAUUGAGAGAAGCACGUGAAAAGGUUGCUGCUCUAGAGUUGGUCCUCGAAGGAGAAAAGAACAAAUUUCAACUACUCACAGAUGACGCUAACUUAUGCGCCUUGAAACUUCAACGAGCUGAAGAAUUAAUUGGAGGCCUAGGUGGAGAAAGAUCCAGAUGGGAGAGCACUGCCAAAGCCCUUGGAGAUAGAUAUUUUGUCCUUACAGGAGAUGUACUGAUUAGUUCUGGAGUAGUGGCUUAUCUGGGAGCAUUCACUUUACAAUUCAGACAGAUGCUUAUUGAAGAAUGGGUUGCAAAACUCACCGAUGUGUAUCAUAUUAUUUGUUCUAAAGACUUUCAAUUGACCAAUGUUCUCGGUGAGCCUGUUCUCAUUCGACAAUGGAAUAUAUUUGGUUUACCCACAGAUUCCUACAGUAUAGAUAACGGUAUUAUUAUUAAAAAUGCUCGAAGAUGGGCUUUGAUGAUUGAUCCCCAGGGACAAGCGAAUAAAUGGAUCAAAAACAUGGAGAAACACAAUAAUCUUGCUAUAAUUCGACUCAAUCAAACCGAUUAUGCACGAACACUUGAAAAUGCUAUACAGUUUGGUUUACCAGUGCUUUUGGAGAAUAUCGGUGAAGAAUUAGACGCCAUAUUGGAACCUGUGCUUGCCCAGCAAACUUUCAAACAAGGUGGUGCACUUUGUUUGAAACUUGGAGAUGCAGUUGUGGAAUAUAGCACGAAAUUCAAGUUUUACAUUACGACCAAGUUACGCAAUCCUCAUUAUUUACCAGAAGUAGCCGUUAAAGUCACUUUAGUUAAUUUUAUGAUUACUACAGUUGGUUUGGAAGAUCAACUGUUAGGUAUAGUCGUUGCCCAGGAGCGUCCUGACUUGGAAACUGAGAAAAAUCAGAUGAUUGUGAAAAGUGCUGAUAACAAACGCCUUUUGAAAGAAAUCGAAGAUAAAAUUCUCGAAGUUUUGAGCAGUUCAGAGGGAAAUAUAUUAGAAGACGAAUUUGCAGUGCAAAUUUUAAGUUCUUCUAAAGUCCUAUCGAAUGACAUCGCUGCUAAACAAGCAAUAGCAGAAGUGACAGAACAAUUGAUUGAUGUGGCUCGCUUGGAAUACAAGCCAAUCGCUGUACACUCCGCCAUUUUAUUUUUCACAAUCGCUGAUUUAGGAAACAUUGAUCCAAUGUAUCAAUACUCUCUGGUUUGGUUUAUAAAUUUAUUUAAAGCUGCGAUUGACAAUACGCCAAAAGAAGAAAAAGUAAAACAAAGACUUGUUAAACUAGAAGAGCAUUUCACGUAUUCUCUAUACUGCAACAUUUGUCGGAGUCUAUUCGAGAAAGAUAAAUUAUUAUUUUCUUUACUGCUGGCGAUUAAUAUGAUGAAAUCGAGGAAUGAAGUUGAUGUCACCGAAUGGAUGUUUUUGCUCACUGGCGGUGUUGGUUUAGACAAUCCUAAUGUGAAUCCAACGGAAUGGUUGGUUCAAAAAAGUUGGGAUGAGUUGUGUCGUUUGACAGAUUAUAAAGCUUUCAAGGGGUUAAAAGAACAUUUUAUCAAAAAUUCAGCAGCAUGGAGGAAAAUUUUUGACUCACCAGAACCACAAAGUAUUCCAUUACCCGGAAAUUGGGAGAAGUCAUUGACGAAAUUCCAGAAGUUGUGUGUUUUGAGAUGUUUCAGAUAUGAUAAGAUUGUGCCAGCUAUUCAAAAUUUUGUUGAAGACCGCCUUGGCAAGUUAUACAUAGAACCACCUCCUUUUGACCUUGGAUCUGCAUACAUGGAUUCGCACUGUUGUAUCCCAUUAAUUUUUGUGCACCCGGGUGCUGAUCCAACUGCACUUUUGUUGAAGUUUGCUGACGAUCAAGGUUUUGGGACAUCACGACUCUUCUCCUUGUCUUUGGGGCAAGGACAAGGACCCAUCGCUCUUAAGCUAAUUGAUGAAGGCACCAAAAACGGCACGUGGGUAGUGCUCCAAAACUGUCACCUUGCAAAAAGUUUCAUGCCGCAACUGGAGAAGAUCUGCGAAAGCUUCUCGGCCGAACAGACCCAUCCGGACUUCCGCCUCUGGCUGACAUCCUAUCCGGCGGAGCAUUUCCCCGUGGCGGUACUGCAGAACGGCGUGAAGAUGACCAACGAACCGCCCAAGGGUUUACGGGCCAACAUUCUGCGUUCAUAUUUAAGCGAUCCGAUCUCGGAUCCGGAGUGGUUCGCGGCGUGCAACAAGCCGAUCCCGUUCAAGCGCUUCCUGUUUGCGCUGUGCUUCUUCCAUGCGCUCAUUCAGGAACGGCGGAAAUUCGGCCCGCUCGGGUGGAACAUACCGUACGAGUUUAACGAGACGGAUUUGCGCAUCAGCGUCAUGCAAUUGCAGAUGUUCCUCGAUGAAUAUCAGGAUAUCCAAUACGAUGCAUUGAGAUACCUCACAGGCGAAUGUAAUUACGGUGGACGGGUCACAGACGAUUGGGACCGGCGAUGUCUGAUUACUAUUUUGAACGAAUUUUAUACACCUAAACUUAUGAAGGAUCCAAAAUAUCCAUUCGAUCCAACUGGACGUUAUUAUUGUCCUACACUGAAGACAAUCACCGAAUACAUGAACUACGUAAAGUCUUUGCCGUAUAUUACACAUCCGGAAGUGUUUGGAAUGAACGAAAACGCAGAUAUAAUGAAAGAUCAACAGGAAAGCGAUUUAAUUUGUUACAGCGUGAUAAAAACUCAGGACGCUACUGGUUCUGGCGGUGCAGAAAAAUCAUCGGAUGAAUUAGUGACGGAAGUUGCAAGCGAUAUUCUAGAACGCAUCCCGGAUGUAUUCGAUCGCGAGGAAGCCAUGCGCCUCUACCCAACUUCGUAUUCCCAAAGCAUGAAUACUGUUUUAGUCCAAGAAAUGGGGAGGUUUAAUCGGUUGAUCAGCGUUGUUCGCGUCAGUCUUAAAAACCUCCAGAAAGCCAUUAAAGGACAAAUUGUUAUGUCUGAAGAAUUGGAAGAAGUAAUGAAGAGUAUUCUCAUUGGAAAAAUUCCACAAAUGUGGGCCACGGUCAGUUACCCAUCAUUGAAACCACUGGGAAGUUAUGUUAAUGAUUUAUUGGCGCGUCUGGCAUUUUUGCAAAAGUGGUUCGAAAAGGGCCCACCACAAACUUUUUGGCUUUCAGGCUUUUUCUUUACUCAGGCUUUCCUCACGGGUGCUCAGCAAAAUUUCGCAAGAAAAUACACCAUCCCGAUUGAUUUGCUAGCGUUUGAUUUUACUGUGAAGAGAGAAGAGGUUCUGACAAAAGCACCUGAUGACGGUGUUUAUGUGUAUGGUUUAUUCCUGGAUGGUGCAAGGUGGAAUAAACAAACUAUGGCUUUGGAUGAAAGUUUACCGAAAGUUUUGUAUGAUAUUGUACCAUAUCUUUGGUUGUUGCCAUUGCGUCGAACGGAUUUAGUUCAUCGGAAAACCUAUAAAUGCCCAGUGUACAAAACUUCCGAGAGAAGAGUUCUUUCUACUACUGGACAUUCGACAAAUUACGUCAUUGCAAUGGAUCUCACUACACAUGCGCCUCCAUCACACUGGAUCAUGCGAGGUGUUGCAAUGUUGUGUCAAUUAUCACAAUAAAUUAUCAAAAUUUUAAUUAAAAAAUUA